AUGUCGAUCAACCAUACUCACACUCAGGAGGACAAUGCCGAGGAGAAGAACUCGCUCAUCCUCACCGCUGCUGCCAAGGGUGCAGGACUCGCCCUCGUCACCGCUGGACUCGUCGCCUUCACCGGUGCCCGCUAUUCUCAGACCUACCAAACCCUCUCCCGCCCCAUGAAGACCUUCCUCCUCGGAUCCGGUGUGGCGGCAACAUCGAUCCUGUUCGCUGAUCAUGCCCGCGUGCACUACGAGGACCGCCAGCUGUUGCGUCACUUGGAUCAAGAGGCUGCAGACAAGGCCCGCGCCGAUAUCCGUGCCCAGCGUGGAGUCUUGGCCGAGCUCAACUACCAGAUCCGUGAGAACAGGAACAUGGUCGUCGGUGUCUCCUGGUUGACCUGCAUGGGCGGUUCUUUGCUGUAUACCUUCUCCAAGAAGGGCCUCACUACUACCCAGCGCAUUGUUACUGCCCGUAUGUAUGCACAAGGUUUCACAAUCUUGACAAUGAUGGCAGUGGCAGCUUUGGAGUUGACAGACGUCCCCGCGCCCAAGAAGGUGAUCUUGACGGAUGAGUGGAAGGCCAUCUUGGCCAAGGACAAGCAGGGCAACUACAUCGUCAAGGAUACCGCUCCUCCUCUGGAUGCCAAGGCAGCUCAUGCCGUCGCUACCUCAUUAAACUCUGCCUAA